AUGAAAUCUCGAUCCUUUGCAUGGCUGUUCUUGAUCCCCAUAACAUCACUAGUACUUCUCCUCAGCUUUUGUGUACCUGCGGUGUCUGGCCAAUGUCUCCACGAUCAGCAAUCCCUGUUGCUCCAUUUGAAGAACAGUCUGGUAUUUAACCAUAGUUUGUCCACAAAACUAGUGCAGUGGCAUAAAAACACCGGUUUUUGUUCCUGGGAAGGCGUAACCUGCAGUGAAGGACGUGUUAUUGGGCUCGACUUGAGCGAUGAAUCAAUCUCCGGUGGACUCGACAAUUCCAGCAGCCUCUUCAGUCUUCACCACCUCCAGAUUCUGAAUUUGGCAUAUAACAACUUCAACUAUGUUCGGAUUCCAUCACAGCUUGAGAAAUUGACAAAUUUGAGUCAUUUGAACCUUUCAAUUGCUGGCUUUGCAGGCCAGAUUCCAAUUGAGCUUUCGAGUUUGAGAAGGUUGCUUAUUCUUGAUUUAUCUACCCAUUACUUCUCCUCUGAAACUCCUCCACUAAAACUUGAGAAUCCAAAUUUAGAGAUGUUGGUUCAGAACUUUACGGAGCUAAUAGAACUUCAUCUUGAUGGUAUAAUCAUAUCAGAACAAGGGUUCGAAUGGUGCGAGACUUUAUCAUCAUCACUGACCAAUUUGAGGGUAUUGAGCUUGUCAAAUUGCAAUCUUUCAGGCCCUUUGAAUCCCUCCUUGUUAAAGCUUCAGUCCCUCUCAAGUAUUCGUUUGAAUAAUAACAACUUGUCUACUGCAGUGCCGGAGUUCUUCGCGAAUUUCACAAAUUUGACGUCCUUGCAUCUCAGUUCUAGUGGGUUGUUUGACACAUUUCCAAAAAAGAUCUUCCAGGUGCCCACACUAGAGGUUCUUGACUUGUCUAGUAAUCCACAACUCCGUGGUUCCUUGCCAGAUUUUCCUCAGAAUGGGUAUCUUCGAACCCUGGUACUUGGAUGCACAAAUUUCUCGAGAAAAUUGCCGCAUUCUAUCGGUCAGAUUACUUCUACUCACUGGCAAGAGCUGAAGAAACUGGUAAACCUUGACUUGCGUUACAAUUCAUUGAAUGGGAACAUUCCAGUUCCUCUGUUUUUCGAUUUAUCAUUGCAGUAUCUGCAACUUUCCUACAACCAAUUUUCUGGUGAACUCAAUCAAUUUCCCAACACUUCUUCUAAUGUAUUGGAAUACCUUGAUUUGAGCAGCAACAAUUUGGAAGGGGCAAUCCCUGUGUCUGUCCUUAAUCUUCAACGUCUUAAGGUCCUCUCACUUUCUUCAAAUAACUUCAAUGGCUCUUUCAAGCUAAAUAUGAUCGAGCAGUUGAGAAAUCUUUCCAGUCUUGAUCUUUCCUACAACAGCUUAUCAAUUGAAUAUGAUAGAACUGAUUCUCCAUCCCCCUCCUUUCCCAACAUCACCAGGUUAAAAUUGGCUUGCAGCAAGUUGAAAAUAUUUCCUGGUUUUUUGAGAAACCAAUCCAAAUUAACAGUUCUAGACCUUUCAGAUAACGAGAUUGGUGGAGAGAUACCCAACUGGAUAUGGAAACUGCCUUUUCUUCAACAGUUAAAUCUUUCUUUUAACAAUUUGGUGAGUCUAGAAGUAUCUUCACUCAAUGUCUCUCCUCUGGUUUUGUUGGACAUUCGUUCCAACCGACUCCAGGGGCAACUCCCAGAUCUCCCACCAUCUGCCACAUAUUUGGACUUCUCGAGGAAUAAUUUCAGCUCUGUCAUACCAAAUAACAUUGGUGACUUCCUUUCUUAUGCUUAUUUCUUUUCUCUUUCAAGCAAUAAAUUCAAAGGGAGUAUACCUGUAUCAAUUUGCAAUGCAACAUACCUCGAAGUUCUAGAUCUGUCUAAUAAUUCCUUCAGUGGCAUGAUUCCGGAAUGUUUGGUUCGGAUGAGUAGUACUCUUGGGGUGCUGAAUCUAGGGAGAAACAAUCUCCAUGGCAUGGUUCCCAAUACAUUUCCAGACAACUGUGGAUUGCAAACUUUAGAUCUCAAUGGAAACCAACUUGUAGGGCAUAUACCUAAAUCUAUGGCAAAUUGCACAAUGUUGGAGGUCUUUAAUAUCGGUAACAACCACAUUGAGGACAUCUUCCCAUGUCACUUGAAGAACGCAUCCGUAUUGCGUGUCCUUGUUUUGCACUCUAACAACUUUAGGGGCUCCCUUGGUUGUCCAGGAGAUAAUGCCACUUGGCCUAUGCUUCAAAUUUUGGAUGUAGCUUUGAACAAUUUCACUGGUAAGCUUCCAAUAAAAUCCUUUCAUGCCUGGAAGGCUAUGUUGAAAAGUGAAGAUGAUGCCGAAUCAGAGGUCAAUCACCUUCGAUUUAAACUCACUUUGUUUGAAAACUUUUAUUAUCAAGAUGCGGUCAUAGUUACCGUUAAAGGUCUAAGUAUCGAAUUUGUGAAGAUUCUAAUGCUUUUCACCUCGAUUGACUUUUCCUACAAUAACCUGGAGGGGCCAAUACCAGAAGCAUUUGGUGGACUCUCAACACUAAUCGUUCUAAACUUGUCGCAUAAUGCUCUUUCAGGACAAAUCCCGAAAUCUCUGGCAAACUUGACACAGUUGGAGUCAUUGGACUUGUCAAGCAAUAAGCUUACAGGGGAGAUUCCUAUGCAACUUGCAGAAAGUCUUACUUUCCUGUCAGUCCUAAACCUCUCCUUUAAUCAACUGGUGGGGCAGAUUCCAAUGAUCAUACAAUUUUCUACUUUUUCAGAAAGUUCCUACGUAGGGAACAAAGGAUUGUGUGGCUUCCCUCUUAGGGAAAUUUGCAAUGCUGGAGGGACACCACGGUCGACUCCACCUGACUCGAAUUCUAAGAAAGUGAUUGGAAGGAAGUUUCUAAGUGUUGAACUAGGAUUUAUUUUUGGCUUAGGAAUUAUCAUUGGGCCCCUGUAUUGGAAAAGGUGGAGGUUUUGGUAUUUCAAACAAGUCGAUGACAUUCUUUACAAGAUCUUUCCGAAGCUGUAUAUGAACAGAGAAGCAUACCCUCGUAGAAUUACACGUAGAAAUCGAAGGCCAAGAUGUCUGUGA